AUGGCCAACAAAAUGAGUGAAGAACUAUUUAGAAGGUUUGGUGACAUUGAAGAUAAUGAAUUGGUAACACAAGCAGCACUUUCGGACCCGAGAUUCAAAAAACAUGCAUUUUCCAAUAGUAAAAAAUGUGCAAAUGCAAUUAAUUUUCUACGAGCAAAGGUUCAAAGUAUUAGACUAGAACAAGACACCAUUGAACAACAACCAACUACAACUGCCGCCACAAAUGUAACCUCUUCUCAAUCAGUUUUGUGGGAAGAAUUUGAUCAAACUGUAGUUAAUUUGAUUGGAGGAAGGAGUUCAUCAGUUGCUGGAAUUGUUGAAGUAGAUAAAUAUUUGAAUGAACCUUUAAUCAGUAGAUUUGAAAAUCCUUUAGCAUGGUGGGUUGAACGAAAAAAAGUAUAUCCUAGGACUUACGAGUUGGUAAAAAGAAGGCUAUGCAUGAUUGCGACUUCAGUGCCUUGUGAACGAGUUUUUUCAAGAGCCGGACAAGUAGUAACUGAAAAAAGAAGUCGACUAGCAACCAAAACUCCAUAUAGGCGUUGGAAUAUAGUUAAUAAAAAUGAUUUACUUAGACAAGGUAAAUUAACUCCUCAUCUUACAUGUUUGUUCACUGACAAGAUACGUUCCAAAGUAUUCAGUAGAUCAUUUAAUUCAAAUGUGUAUAGUAAACAUUCAUGGUUGUGUGGUAGUCAUUAUCUACAAAAGUUAUUUUGUUGGCCAUGUUUGUUGUUUAGUCAAACAAAGUCUGUUUGGGUUACAGAAGGUUACAAUGAGUUAAAAAAUUUAUCUAGAAGUAUUCAAAGAUAUGAAUCUUCUAAAGAUCAUGUCCAUAAUCAUUACAGCUUUAAAAAUUUAGAAAAUAAUGCAGUCACUAUUGUAGAUACACUUAAGGAACAUGGUAAAUUAUUUAAGAAAAAUUACAAUGAAAAUGUAAGACUAAAUCGACUAUUUAUGGAGCAUUUGAUUGAUUUAGUAUUAUAUUUGUCCAAACAAGAAUUAGCUUUACGCGGGCAUGAUGAAAGUAGUAGUUCAUUAAAUAAAGGUAAUUACAAAGAGUUAUUUGAAAUGUUUUUUAGUAGAUUCUCAUUAGAAAUUCAAAAUCAUUACAAAACUAUUCAAAAUAAGUUUUGUGGUACAUCAAAAAUCAUUCAAAAUGAUUUAAUUUUUUGUAUUUCUGAAUAUUUGUCAAAUCAUACUAAACAAGAAGUUAGAGAUAGUAUAUUUUAUUCUAUUCAAAUUGAUGAUACAACUGAUAUUACCCAAAAAACACAGUGUUCUGUUAUUUUAAGAUAUGUCACUAAAAAAUCUGAAUUAGUUGAGCGUUUUUUUGGAUUUCAUAAUUUAGUUGGUCAAUGUUAUGACGGUGCUAGUGUCAUGGCAGGGAAUAUAACGGGCUUACAAGUCAGAAUAAAAGCUAUUGCACCUAACGCAUUAUUCACUCACUGUCUAGUACAUAGAUUAAAUUUGGUUUUGCAACAUGGGUGUAGUUUAAAUGAAAAAUGUCGCAUAUUCUUUGUUAAUAUGACUGGUAUAUCUGCCUACUUUCACAACUCUACAUCCCGUACUAAUGUAGCUGAUGAACUUAUUGGAAAACGUGUUCCCCAAUUUGUUCAAACCAGAUGGUCAUCAAGGUCAAACAUUUUGCAUUUAUUGGUUAACGAGUGGUCCAAGUUUCAAACAAUUUUUGAAACUAUAAUUAAUAAUCCUAAUUCAUCCGCAGAAUCUAUUUGUGGUGCGAUUGGAUAUUCUAAAAAUUUAAAAUCUUUUGAAUUUGCCUUCCUUGCACUUAUAUUUAGUGACAUAUUUUUAAUUACUGAUAAUUUAUUUAACACAUUACAGAAUAAAUCUUUCGAUAUUGAAUAUUGUCUGAGAAAAAUUAAUAUAACAUGUGAUCUUAUACAAAAAAAGAGGAAUGAAACAGAGUUUUCAAAUUUUUUUAGUAAAUCAGUUACCCUUACAAAGUUUCCAACAGCUAAACGAAAUAGUUCAAACACUGGAAUAAAUUUUAAAAUUCUAUUUUAUGAAAUUAUAGAUAGUAUUCUUAUGCAAUUGCGUACAAGAUUUAAUGAUACUGAUAGAUUGUUAUUCUUACAAUUGGCUGAUAUAUCAAAAUUCAAAGAAUAUUCUAACCAAUUUCCCAUCACUGCUUUUAAUAAUUUAAAAAGGACAUAUUCUGAUAUUUUCCAUAAUGAAAAAAAAUUAAAAGUAGAAUUAGAAGUUUUGUACAAUGAUGACAAGUAUCAAAAUCUACAACAUAUUUAUGACUUGGUUAAAAUAUUUGGAAAAAGUGGUAUAAAGGAUGUUAUGCCUGAAGCAUAUAAACUAUUUGUGUUAAUUUUGACAAUUCCUUCAACAAGUGUUUCUGUUGAAAGAAGCUUUUCUUGUUUAAAAAUAAUUAAAACCUAUUUAAGAAAUAGUACCUUACAACAACGCUUGAGCAGCCUUUCUACAAUAUCUAUUGAAAAAUGA